CCAUGACCCAUGACCCAACGGCUGGCUGCACAUGCGGGUUAUUCAACAGCCGUUGUCUUACUCAACUCAACGGGUUGUGUGAUGGCUCGAGAUUGAACUGGGACAACGGAGGAUUGUGUGCUGACAAAGGCUCCUGGCUGCCAUCAAAGCCCAUACUAAUAGUAUUAACAUGCGUUAUCCAUUUGUAGCCACCACCGGGGUUGUCUGCAGCCAGUCUUGGAUGUUCAGGCUCGGGAUCCAAAGCACAGUCCCGGCCAUAUAUAUUAGGGUCUAACAAGGUAGUGCUCGCCGUCCCUUCUACUCCCCCAGUUGCUCACUGCCCGGACGAAUCUCACAACCACAAAGAGAGUGUUGAAAUACGGAGGAUAUAAGCCAUCCAACAUCAGCUGCCCCUGCCCUUGCCCGUCUCCAUUUCCAGCCCAGACAACAACCAAUCCACCAAUUUAGCUAUACCUCGAUACACCCAAGGCACUCUCCACCAUGCGCGCCAUCGUCGUAAAGUCCUGGGAUUCGCCUCCAGAGUUCACCUCCGACCAUCCGCACCCAACGACCUCGGACUUCGACAAGGUCACCAUCAAAAUCCUGGCCUCCGGUCUUCACCAACUCAUCCGCUCCCAGGCGGCCGGCCAGCACUACAGCAGUAAAAGCGCCGGUCUACCAUACGUCCCCGGUGCCGACGGUGUAGGCACCACGCCCGAAGGACAGACCGUCUAUUUCAGCAGCAUUGCCACGGGCGGCGGUUUCGCAGAGUACAUUACAGUCCCGAAAGUAGCUAUCGUCCCCGUCCCUGACGGCGCCGACCCCGUCCAAAUCGCCGGCCUGGUCAAUCCGGGUAUGAGUUCGUGGAUGGCGCUCGCCGCAAGAGUCGACAACCUGCCUGCGAACUUCACCGUCGUCAUUGUCGGUGUGACGGCGAUCUCGGGCAAAGUCGCCGUCGAAUUUGUCCGCGGCAAGGGCGCCGGCAAGGUCAUAUGCGUGGCGCGAAAUGCGAAGGACAUGUCUUCACUGAAUCUCGACCAGGUCGUCGUGCUGGCGGAUAAGCCUGCCGAGACCGACUUCUCGGUCCUGGGGGAUGUCGAUGUCAUUCUGGAUUAUCUCUAUGGUCCAGUGGUGCCCGCGCUUUUCAACGCUGUCAAUUCGAAGGUCCCGAUACAGUAUGUCCAGAUUGGGUCGGUUGCGGGACUGGAUAUUUCUCUGCCUGGCGCCGUCCUGCGGUCGAAGAAUAUCACGAUGCGCGGCGCCGGACCUGGAGCCUGGUCUUUGCCGCAUUUUGGGAAAGAGCUGCCCGGUCUGCUGGCUGCGGUGGCUGGCUUGCCCAAGAUGGAUCUGAAGGUGCGGAAGCUGGAGGAUGCGGCUGAUGCGUGGGCAGCGAAGAGGGAUAGGACGGUUUUUGUUCCAUGACUUGCGCUAGCGUCGACAACUGAGUUGCAGGCAAAGAUCUAGAUGGCUACUAUAACGGAUGAGUGCUUAUGAAAUGAUGGGUAGUGUCUGGCUCGUCAUAUCAAGUCUGUGGGCAGGAGUGGCUGGAAAAUGGCUUGUAAAUCUAGAGCGCACAUAUAGGGGGGUUGUUCCUUCAUGAAUGAAUGGCGUUGAGAGUUCACUGAAGAUCACUGG